CGGACCUCUUGUCUUUUACUACACCCUGAAGGCCUGACUAUUAUUACUAAAGCUGUCACCUUAUCUGUGGAAGCCCCAUUCAGUCCCCCUCUGGCUGCGCGCUCUGCGGCAUUUCUAGAUAUAAGAAGUGUCACAUCCGGUAUCCAUUUGCUUUUACACCCCCCACCAUGCGCUUUUCACGGGUAUCGCUCAUUCUUGCCGCAGGGUCCACUAUUAUACCAUCCGUCAGUGCAUGGGGAGCAGUAGGUCAUGAAAUCAUCGCGACAGUCGCUCAGAUGCAUCUGCAUCCUUCGGUCAUGCCCAUCCUGUGUGACAUCUUGCAUUAUAAAGGGAACUGCCAUCUCGCUCCGGUCGCUGCCUGGGCAGACAGGAUCCGUGGUUUGCCACAGUACAGGUGGACAGGCCCCCUGCACUACAUCGGCGCAACGGAUGACUAUCCUAGUGAGACUUGCGCUUUUCCAGGAGAGAGAGGCUGGGAGGGUAGAAGGAAUAUCAAUGUGCUUAGCGGCAUAAGGAACACCACAAAUACUCUGGAGGAUUACAUGGGCCUGCGCAAAGCAGGCUUGACCACUGAGAGCGAUGAAGAUGCAGCGCAGGUUGCACUCAAGUUUCUCAUUCACUUCGUUGGGGAUAUGCACAUGCCAUUGCACCUCACAGGACGUGACCGAGGAGGGAACGGAAUCAAAGUCUCAUUCGACAAGCGUGUAACAAACCUUCACUCCCUGUGGGACGGCCUCCUCAUAGCCAAAAGAAUUCGCACAAUACCCUCCAAUUAUACUCGCCCUUUGCCACUUCCUGACGUCGAGAGUCACCUUCGGGGCACCAUCUACGACCCUUAUAUCCGUCGUGUUGUCUGGGAAGGCAUUACGGGCAAGUACGAGGACGAGCUCGACUCGUGGCUUACGUGUCCCGCCGAACCCUCUGUCCAACCCCUGCAAACUCACUGGGAACAAUGGCUAUCUUGGACUUUUGGGCGUCGCAUAGGGUCUUGGAUUGUGGGGUCGCAUCUUACAGACGGGGGUUUGAACACCGACGAUGAAACAUUGUGCCCAUACCAUUGGGCAGCUCCCAUUCACGCUCUGAACUGCCAGAUCGUGUUCCCGAAGGCAUUAGAUGAACCGCCAUACAACCACAUUUCCUUCUCUAGAAGUACCGAUGAUCAUGCCUGCAACUCAUCCAAUCAAAGUCUUGAAGUCCACUGGCUUUCUAGGCCGAGGAAGAAUCCAUACCUCGAACUCGACACGCCCCAGUAUUCCGGGGUAAUCGAGGAUGCAUGGAUUGUUGAGAAGUUGAUGUCUCAGGGUGGUAUUAGGCUUGCUGCUGUUCUCAAUUGGCUCUUCGCAGAUAUGGAUGACGCGACCCGUUUGAAUAGAACUUAUAUCUUGUAAUUUUAUGCGUAACUUGUACUACAUAUUAUAGAACACGCCCCACGAUAGUCAGUCAUAUGCAAGACAUAAUAUAUUU